GGGAUUCAACGUGUACUAUUAUUAUAAUAAAAAUUACAAUAGAAACACUGAGAAUAGAUGACAAAUGAUUAGACUUUGAAACAGAUUGCUUGAGUGUGUGACUGUCAUUGAUAUUGAUUUAUUUUCCUUCAGAUUGUUUAAAGUCUAUCUUGAACGUCAACAGGUAAAAAAGGCACCAUUAAAAAAUAUCCACUGAAGGUCAGGAGGGAUUUUUAUACUAUCUGUAUUUUUAAAAAAUCUCCUACAGAGAGCACACAGGUAGAACCUGGGCUUCUACAAGCCCAGGCAGUGGUGGAAAAGUGACGGGGCUGGAGGACACACCUAAACAUGUGGAAUCCCAAUGCCGGGCAGCCAGGGCCAAAUCCAUAUCCCCACAACAUCGGGUACCCUGGAGGUUCCAAUUCUGCCCACCCACCACCUAUCCAUCUACCCUUUCCCCCAGGCCCCUUUCCUCCUACCCCAGGAGCUCCCCAGGGCAAUCCAGCUUUCCUCCCAGGUGGACCCCCCUCUCCUGUGCCACAGCCAGGGUAUCCACCCUCGGGUCCCUACCCUCCUCCACACCCACCGGCUGCCCCUGGAAUGCCUCCUGCAAAUCCCUUGGCUCCUGGCUUGGUUGGACCAGGCGUUGACAGUGGACAAAAAGAUGCAGAAAAAAAUGAAGCUCAUAAAAAGAUGCACAAGCACCACAAGCAUGGCAAGCAUUCCUCCUCCUCCUCUUCCUCCUCCUCUUCCAGCAGUGACUCUGGCUGAAUACAGGCCCUGGACCCUUCCCUCAAGUCUCACCAGUUCUGCUCUCCCAUCAAGCAUCAGACACCACGUUGUACUGGGGGAAAGUAGCCCUUAUGCUCCCCCGCUUCACCCCCACCUGAGCCUCACCCUGCUGUUGAGCCCUGAGUGGCUAGGGAAAAUGGGAAGAGGACUGCCAUGGCAUGGCCAUCUUCUUGCUGCUUGGAUAGAUCACACAGCUAACCAGUUUAGC